GUCGCCGACAAAGAAGAGAGCGUUCUUCAGCAGCCAACGAGCAAAACGAUCGUCCGAAACAGAAAUCAGAAUGGCAGGAAAUGAAUCACCUCUCAGAGAUCUGAUACAUCCAGCGUACAACGAACAUCUCAAAUCUCACAAUGCCGUUUCCUUCAAACUUGUCCGAACCGUAUCGGAUUUCACUCAGCAAUUGGGCCAGAUGUACGAGCAACACGCCGAGGAGUUACAACUUCUUGUUGCAAACUUCAGGAAAAGGAAUGGAGAACUUAGAAAAGAGAGGCCAGCAUGUCCCAGCUCUUUAUUCCAUACCUGGGAAACCCUCCUUCAAGAAGUCGAGAUCGACUCUCAAGCUCUCGGAGACAUCGCCUCCAUUCUGGGUAGACAAGUGUCAAGGCCGUUGCUCGAGAGGUCUUUUCACAGAAAAAUUCAGUCUAGGAAAGUUUUUACACAUAGAGAGAGUUACGAGACGAUCAUUGCCAAAACGGAAGAGAAGCUUGCCAAG